CAUGAUCGACUUCGGUUAGUCUCGCGCAAUGCAAGAGGUGACUGGCUGGUUGUUUCUUGUACUACUAGCUUCAAUCGUGUGCGUGACUACAGUCAGUGAAUUUACUCCCGAGCCAAAAGACGAAACUGUGUUUGUAGGAGACACUUCACACUUCGCCUGUGGUACACUGGGCAGUUGCUUAGAAUGGAAAAUUAAUGGGACUUUUUAAAAAGAUUUACCGGACGAAUCACGUCGUAAAUUUGAGGAGAACUCCACCACAUUGAAUCUCGGAUUUCAGUAUUCGACCCUUGCAAUGCCUGGAGCAGCUAAGUAUAAUGGAACCAAAGUACAGUGUGUGAGUGGAGAGGGUGCGGAGAGCAACAUCGCUACUAUGCAUGUACAAGGGACUCUGUCAGCAGUUGUUAAUGCGAGAGUAAGAAUAACAGAAAAAUCCAUUAUUGUGUUUUGGGUGGCUCCAUUUUCCCUCAACAUUUCUCACCGGGACCUUGAUAUGUGGUACUCAGUGUUUCUUAAAGACAAGACUGAGCAGAGAGAAAUCAGUUGCUCGAACUGCACCAACAUCCCAGAAACUAACUUCACCCUGAAUGUUCUUGACCAGUGCCAUGAGUAUACAGUCACCAUCGUCCCAGUAAACGGAGCUGGUGAAGGAGAAAAGUACCACAUUCCGUUUGUGAAUGUUCCAAACAGCUCCUCUGCAUGCAACAACAGUGAGGAUCCUACAGUUCUUGUUCCUAAACAUGAGGGUGAAACUGGUGAAAAAGGAGAUUCUUCUCUCCUCAUUGGCCUUGUGGGUGGUGCCUGCUGCAUAGUGUUUGCUGUUCUGGUUGUUGGGCUACUGGCAUUGUGUGUGUACAAGAGGAAGAAGCAGAAGAAGAUAAUCCUUCCAGAAGUUGGCUACAGCAGUGUUGAUACUCACCAGAUAGAGGUGGAAGUGAGCGAUAACUGUGAUGGAGAAGGUACAGCAGAAGAGGAAAUUCCUGGAAACAGUGAACCAGCAGGGGAGAUGUGUCCAGUAAAAGAAGUAGUUGAAGAAGAGGGAGAGGAAAGGACAGAGCCUAAAACAGAAGAAGAAGAACCGGAAGAAGGGGGCAAGUCUCAGGGCCCAUUUGUGGAACCUGAGACAGAGAGAGUUGACAACAGCCAGGUGACCGGCUUAGAUACUGCGGCCCAACCACAAGAUGAUACAAAUCCUGAAACAGUUGUCUGCAUUACAUCUUCUGGCCAGUGCAUCCCGAGAAACAGCAGUUCCAGCAAUAACCUUGCCUCCAGUGAAGAGAAGUUGGCCAGCGACAAUGCUACCAUACAGGAACAAAGUGUUAAAGUUGUAACAAGUGAUGAAGGGAGUGAAGAGUCAUCCGAGUUCGUAGUCCGAGAGCCAGUUCCAGUUCGAAAUAAGAGGAUGACUCAGAACUUGCGUGACUCUCAUACUACACAAGAACCAAUCAGUGCUGCUAUGAGCAAUCCAUACCAACCAUCUCCCCAGCCACAUGAUAAUCAAGAUAUUACUCUGUAAUUAUGAUACGUCAGUAAGAUAGCAAUUUUAUUUGUGUAUAUUUGUUGUAAAUGUCGUGUCCCCAGCUUGACCAUAAUGUAACUACAAUAGUGAAUUUUUAGCCUUUUAUUAUUUGUAUAUACAUCAUUAUUUUACACUGUAACUUACUAGUUCAUGCAGGUGUUACAAAUACUUUGUUAUCAGUUAGCAAAA